AUGAGUUCAUGGCAGAUUCCCUCCCUCGCCCCAAAUACUGGCCACUGGGAAGCCACCCAAGACGCUUCAAAUGUUUCACCUUUGCCUCCUUCCAUUCCCCUCCCUUCCAUGCUCGAUCUCCUUCUCCAAGGUACUCCAACUCUUCCUAGCCACGACGCUGUUGCUCGCGGUGAAGAGCUCGCAAUAGAAGAUAGUUUCAGCUUCUCGAAAUCUCUUUUUAAGACGGGCUCUGGAAAAAGAGUUAUUAUAUCUCCUAACGGUAUAAUUAGAGCAAAGACAUUACUAGACAGUGUUGAUAGCAGUAUCCAAAGUUCUAAGUGUGCGAAUAAAGUGCACGUGAUUGGUGAGGCUGAGACAUACGGCAAGCCUCAACAACAACAGCAUAAUGUUAUCAAUAGUCCUUCAAUUGGUGGUAGUCAUCUAUUGAAGAAUGGUUUUGAAGAAAGAGUUCUGCAGCAAGAUGCAUAUCAUGCUGGGAUUAAGCAGGCUCCGAUUAAAUUCCACACUGCAGGUGGAAGGUCUAUAUCCAUUUCUAAUGAUGCGCUGCAGCGUGCUCGGAGCCUUCUUGGUGACCCGGACGUGGGAGAUUUCUUCGAAGGAGGGGGUUUUGGCGAUUUGAGUUUUUCAUUUCCAUCAAAAAGAGGAAGCACUGCUGCUUCUGCUUCUGCUUCGUGUAGUAACGAAAGAAGUGGUUGUAAUACUCCUUUGGGUCGUCAGGUAGCAUCUGAGAGCAAUUAUGUGACCAAGAGUUUCACGUACCCGUUGCAGUCUUCUAGACAAAAAGACUUGUCAAGCAAGUUUCUUGAUGAGGGUAAUGGGAAUAACUUAAUCGCAAAAUUUGAUGCUGUUGGGGAUGAGAGCGGUUAUAGCUGGAAAAGUAUCAAUACUUGUGGAAGGAAACCCUUGUGUUACAGGAACCAAGCUUCGGAUUCAGUUGUGGGUCGUUCUUCGUUGAAUGGUUUUUCUUCAAAAGUCGAUUCAUGCAGUGUGUCGUUACGCAGGUCAUUGGUUGAUAUUUCCAAUGUCAUUAACACUGUUCAAUCUAACAAUAGACAGCAUCCUAGUGGAAAAAGGAGACUAGGAUUGCGUGUAACUGUUUCUCCCUUUAAAAAGCCUCGUAGUUCCAAAAAUUCAGUCACUUCUGACAACGUUGCUGAAAAUUCUGCCAAUGAUAUGUCUCAAUUUCCCUCUGAUGUCUCUGGGUCCGAAGGAAAGGUUUCUACCCGAUAUCCGUUUCAGUAUCCAAGGAUUUACAUCAAGGAAUUUUUAGCUGUGCCUCCGUUGGAGAAGAUAGUGCAUUUUCCCAACCUGAACAGUCAGGUCACAUCACUUAAUGCAGAAAAGUAUGUGUUUCAUGAAGGGUCUGGUGAUAAUGGUAUGGGAGCAGAAGCUUUUGUUCAUCUAUUGGUUCACCAUGGAGCUUCCAUGCAUUUUGCGACUAAAGAGUGGGUCAUGAAUCAUUACAAGUGGAUUGUCUGGAAAUUGGCAUGCUAUGAGAGAUACUAUUCAACUAGGUCUGCAGGAAAAUUUUUGACUGUAUCAAAUGUGCUUGAGGAACUGAAGUACAGAUAUGAAAGAGAAGUGAAUCAUGGCCACCGGUCUACCGUCAAGAAAAUUCUAGAAGGGGAUGCAUUACCUUCUUCGAUGAUGAUUCUCUGCAUUUCUAGCAUUCACUCCAAUUAUGUCCCGGAAAAUGGGAAUUUUAUGGAGACACAGAGAGUGGCUCAUAAAACUGAAGCAGUAAAAGUUGAACUAACAGAUGGGUGGUAUUCGAUCAAUGCCAUUUUAGAUGUUCCAUUGUCAAAGCAACAAGCUGCUGGAAGAUUGUUUGUAGGACAAAAGCUUCGGAUCUGGGGAGCAGGAUUAUCUGGUUGGAAUGAGCCAGUUUCACCCCUUGAGGUAUCGUCGACGGUUAGUUUAUUGUUGCACUUGAAUGGAACAUAUAGAGCUCACUGGGCUGAACGGUUAGGAUUUUGUAAAAUUCCUGGUCCACCUUUGGCUUUUAGAUGCAUAAAAAGCAAUGGCGGUUUAAUCCCACAAACUUUGGCUGGAAUUACCCGCAUAUAUCCCAUUCUUUACAGGGAAAGAUUAAGCAGUGGACAGUCUAUUGUCUUGUCAGAGCGGAUGGAGAAUAAAAUGACGGAGUUGUACAAUCAGAGACGCUCUGCUGUUGUAGAUGGCAUCAUUUCAGAGUAUCAGAAGGAAAGGUCACUUACUUACGAUGACAUUGAUAGUGAAGGUGCUAAGAUUUAUAACAUGCUGGAGACUGCUGAAGAACCUGAAUUCUUAAUGGCAGAUAUGAGUCGAGAGCAGCUUAAUUCUUUUGCUGCAUAUAAGGCCAAAUUAAAUGCAAUCAGACAGUCAGAAAUGGAAAAAUCAGUGGAGAAAGCUUUGAAAGAUGCUGGCUUGGGACAUAGAGAAGUCACACCAUUUAUGAGGUUACGGGUGGUUGGAUUAACUUAUAAAACACGACAAGACAAGAUUAAAGAAGGCAUAGUAACGAUCUGGAACCCAACUGAGAAGCAGUGUCAGGAAUUGGUGGAGGGAGGAGCAUAUGCAAUUGCAGGACUCGUAUCAUCAGGAUCUGAUUUUGAUAUCCUUCACUUGCAGGCUAGGGGUCCUUCUACCAAGUGGCUGCCUUUAUCUUCUAAUGCAAGGGAGCAGUUUAAGCCAUUUUUCAGAAGUAGAAAAUCAAUCCCAUUGUCAAGUUUGGGUGACGUUCCUCUUUCCAAUGAGUUUGAUAUUGCUGCAUAUGUUGUGCAUGUGGGAGAGGUUUAUACAUCAAGUCAGCAAAAGAAGCAAUGGGUUUUUGUGACUGAUGGAUCCAUCAUGAAUGGACAGUUAGAAAAGUUACUCAACUCGUUACUUGCCAUCUGCUUUUGUUCUCCAUUGAUUGAUUAUGAUUCAUUUCCACCAAUCAACUAUAACCUUGCAGGAUCUACGGUUGGUUUCUGUAAUCUUAGAAAAAAGGAAAAGGACCACACAAACCACAUCUGGGUUGCUGAUGCCACUCAAAACUCGACCUAUUAUUUGAAUUUUGAUUCUCCCCAUUGUUCGCACCUAAAAAAUACGGCCACCUCUGUCAGAAAAUGGGCAAACAAUUCUAGUUUGAUAAUAGAGAAACUCAAGCAAAAGGCGUUGUAUGUGGUAGGUGACGAUUGUAAAGCCUAGUGGAAAAGAAAGCUGAACUGAAGGUUUUCCUGUCUUUAACUUGUCAGCAUCAUCACUUGAGUUAAUCUCACAGCAUUUACUUUUAUUUUUGAGUUCUGGUUUUGGUGGUUCCCAUUGAAAAUUAAAAUGAUCGUUGUUGAAUUAAGGAAAUGUAAAUUUUGUCAAGAGGAUAUUUCUAUGCAAUUUUUUAUGUAGGAUGGGCUAAAAUAAAGGAA